GUUUAAACGCUUUUUAACUGCAAUCUGCGCUGUGAUCAAGGUUAACCUGGGCGUGACUUUCUGAGACGUGCUUCAGCUUGUUUAAUCGUGUGUCUGUAUAUUAGACUGGGAUUAUUACCUUGUAGAAUCUCCCAAAAUGGAUGUCGAUAAAGAGCGCAUGGAGAAGCUGGAGAAAUUCAAGGGGAUGAGUGACCAGGUACGCAUCGGUGGCAAGGGAACGGCCCGCCGAAAGAAAAAAGUAGUUCACAAGAAUGCUGCCGCCGAUGACAAGAAACUUCAAAGCUCACUGAAAAAACUAAAUCUCAAUAAUAUUCCUACCAUAGAGGAGGUCAAUAUGUAUAAACCGGAUGGGACUAUGAUUCACUUCAAGAAUCCGAAAGUUCAGGUAGCCCCACAAGCCAAUGUGUUCGCAGUAACUGGACAAGCUGAAUAUAAAACACUAAAUGAUUUGUUCCCAAAUAUGCUUAAUCAAUGGGAAACAGCAAAGUUGCGAUUGGCUAAAAUGAAUGAAAACUCAAAAACAUCAGAUUCAAAGGUAGAUGAUGGAGAUGAUGAUGUACCAGAGCUUGUUGAAGAUUUUGAUGAGAAAAGUCGUUUGGAAUAAUUGACAAAUGUAUUAUGAGUGAACUAUGUAUGACUCAGUCACUACUUCACAAUAAAAGUCACUCAAUACACCAAGUGUAAUGUACAAUGUUUGGUUUUUUAAUUAUUUCCCACCGCUUACAUCCUCAAAUUUCUUAUACUAGUUGCGCAUUGUCAAACUGUCCUGGUAAUAUUCAUUUUUUGACAAAAGCUCUUAUAAAACAAAUAAACAAUUCAGUUAUGUUUCUUCUAGAAUAAAUUUGUAUAGCAAACUUCAUUAAAUGGAAUUUUGAAUGCAAUUCGUCUUGUCGAUUAUUUUUUAACCGGAUAACCAGUGCUUUUUUUUAAUUAAAAAUUUAUAACAAACUUUUUUAAACACUGCAUUUAAAAAACAGUACGUUUACAAAUUAUACAAGAAUUAAUAUUACUGUAAAACACCA